AUGAAGAGCAGUUUUAGUAGUCAUCAAAACGUACAAAGAAGAUCCUACGGGGGCGCCACGCCGAAAGGAUCGUCGUACUUUUCCGAAGGCACGCAAACGAAAAGAAACGGACUUCUCUUCGGGGAAACCCCACCUUUAAAAGGGCAAAAACGAAUCAGAGAGAGCUGGGAACUGCCGUAUUUUGUGACCUUCUUCAGCGCGGGUGUGAUUUUAUGCGUCGGUUUGAACGGGAAACCGGACACCAGUUUAGUCGGAUGGGCGAAAGAAGAAGCGAGGAAAAGGUUAGAAAAAGAAGAAGAAGACGAGAGAUGA